AGAGCUGCUUUACCCAAGGGCGAUGACGAACCUAUGAUGACAGAGGGUUUGCAAGUACACUCAAGCUGUUUGCAAGCUUUCCUCAUUCCUUGGAACAGGACGGACGAAGCAGGUGUCUUCCACAACGGGAAAGUCUCAGGACGCAAGACGACGCUCAUUCACUACUUAAACACUCCAGUCGUUCCUCAAACUCUUAUUGAAACCUAUCGUAAUAUCAUCAUAUUCAGCAACUCACCUCUUUCUGAUACCCCCAAAACCUACUUCAAAAUUAUUACUUCAGCUAUCUUCAUCAAGUCAAACUAACAGCUACCACUCAUCAUGUCUUCCAUUGUCAACAAGAUCAAGGACACCGUGUCCUCGGACAAGACCCACGAGGAGCCUACUGGGACGCACGGCACCCACAACACUCGCGCAGCCAACGCGGCGGAUCCUAGAAUAGAUUCCGACCGUGAUCAUCGUGCCAACCCCGCCGGUACCACUGGCUCUCACACUGCAGGCACCACCGGUGCUUACGAACAGCCAACUGGCACCCACGGCACUCACAACUCUCGCGUUGCCAACGCCGUGGAUCCUCGAAUCGACUCCGACCGUGACCACCGGGCUGCACCCAGCUCGGGCAUCGGUGGGACUUACGGCACAGCUGGCACUUCAGGGCUUGGUGGAAGUCAUAACAUCACCGGUACACACGGCACCUCAGCUCUCGGUGAUAACCAUUCCAACAUGAGCGGCACCCACGGUACCUCUGGCCUCACUGGCACAACUGGUGGCCAUCCGCAGCCAACGGGCACUCACGGUACCCACAACUCCAGGGUUGCCAACGCGGCCGAUCCCAGAAUAGAUUCUCAUCGUGACCACCCUGCCCAUCCAGAUACAUUCGGUGGUAUUAACUCCGGCAUUACUGGCUCACACUCCACUGGGGGCGCAUCCCACUUUUCAUCCACCGGCGGCCCUGCCCCCAACACCGAGGGGCCUCAUAAGAAGGAUCUCCUGAACAAAGCUGACCCUCGUAUCGACUCCGACGCAUCUGGUCACAAAAUGGGCAACACCCACGGUGCUGUCGGUGGAUCCGGUCGCGAGGGCAUUGCUGGUCCCCACGAUUCCAAGUACAUGAACGCGGCCGAUCCUCGUGUUGACUCCGACCGUGAUGCCUCGCGUACUAUUGGCAACACGUACGGUAGUUCUGGUACAACUGGUACUCAAGGGACUGGCCCUAAUGUUACACAUGGCGGCGUCGGCUCCGGUUCCCACACCACUGGCACUCACGGUACCACCGGUACUCACGGUAGUACUGGUGAACACAACACUACCGGUACCCACGGCACUCACGGCACUCACGGCACUCACGGGGAAGGUCUCCACACUCAUUCUGGCCCAGCUCCCAACACUGCCGGUCCUCACAAGAGUGACAUUCUGAACAAGGUUGAUCCUCGCGUCGAUAGCAACCUUGACGGCUCGAAAACUUUCGGUGGCAAUAAGACAUUCAGUUCCUCUUCGAAUCGAGAUCCUACCGAUGCCGCUCAAGUCCCUCCGUCUGUUAUGAAGCAACAUUUUGGUGAGCCUGUCAUUGAGCACGAUGACAAUACUCACGGGCGCGAUCGACGUCAUUCCCUUAAAUCGGCGCAGGAACAGUAUCGUGGAAUUUGAACGGUAACAUGGUUAGUUGAGGAUGUUACAUGCCGUGCAGGCAAUAAUGAGUAACGAAAAUAUCAUCUAUAUCCCACAAUACACAAAUAUUUCUACAUAAUACCCCAUACUCAUUGAUAAUAUGUGUGAGUG